AUGCAUGUCCACGUUGACAAAGUUGCCUGGCUUGACCCGAUCACCAAUAAGACUCCAGAUGACCGGAACAAACCAGAACCCAAGCCUGAAGUCUCUAAAACAACCGCUGCUGCCAAGCUCUUGUUGUCGAAGCUUCCCAUUGCCAAAACACGUGAGAAUAUUUACACCAUUCCGAAUUUCCUCACAUUCACUAGACUUUUGGCUGCACCUGCGGUUGGAUAUCUGCUUGUCCACAAUUACCAUGCAGCUGCCUUGUCUCUCUUCGCUUAUGCCGGUAUCACCGACAUGGUUGAUGGAUAUAUCGCCCGGAAGUAUAAUUUGCAAACUGUGGUUGGCACCAUUAUUGACCCCAUGGCCGAUAAACUGUUGAUGACGAUUGGAGUCGCGUGUUUGGCAGUGAACGGGUCUCUUCCUGUGUGGCUUGCCGUUGUUAUCAUCGGACGGGACAUCGGAUUGGCUAUUUCGGCGAUCUAUUAUCGAUGGAUUUCCCUACCUCCACCCAAGACUAUGGCUCGCUACUGGGAUUUCUCACUUCCAUCGGCUGAAGUCAAGCCGACUCAAAUCUCCAAGAUUAACACUGCCCUGCAAUUGGUGUUGGUGGGUAGUGCGAUCGGACUUCCCGUGCUUCCAGAGGCUUUUAUUAGCGCUUGGCAUCUGCAAGACGCCAUGACAGUAUUCCAGUAA